AUGAAUUUCUUCCUGCUCUGCGGGCUGUGCCUCCUGGGAUCCUGGGUUGCUCUGGCAGAGGGGGUCACCGUGCAGGAUGGACAGCUGUCCUUUCCUCUGGAGGCCGUGAAGAAGCUCAAAGACCUGCCGCCGGUCCCACAGGCCCGGCUUGUGAACCCGCUCCAGAAGCUCGCACCCCGGCUUCGUGAAUCUACAGUUUCCAAGGUCUGUAGAAAUCCGAACUUUCCAGAAGAACUCAAACCUGUCUGCAAGGAGCCCAACGCGGACCAGAUUCUCCAGCGGCUAGAGGCCAUCGCUGAGGAUGUGGGCACGUGUGAGAUCUGUGCCUACGCUGCCUGUACCGGAUGCUAA